UAGCGGAGAACCGGUCGCGGUUGCUCGGUUGCUCAGUAACCUCAGUAACUCAGUAUACUUCUCUCUGUCGCUGUCGAACGUUCUUAUUGUGCGAACGCCGAAAAGAUCCUUUUCGUAAGGUCGAAAAAGUUCACUGGACUCGUGUACCUACGUGCAGGGGAAAGAUAUCGAAAUUUCGACUGACAGAUAUUCAAACACAAACAUAAUUUAACAUGUCGAACCCGGAGACCCCAAUGUUGAAGGACCUUCCCAAAGUCUCGUUGGACCUCAAGAGCGAACUCGAGGGAUUCAAUCACGAGUGCAUGAAAAAAGCAGCGACAGCCAUAAAAAAUGUUCUGCCCUCGGCCGAAGACGUCCGGCAGGAACGACAACACUCGGACUUGAUCCAUGACGUCGAGUCUUUUAAGACAGGUCAAUUGAAGCACGCAGACACAAAAGAAAAAAUUGUAUUGCCCAAUGCUACAGAUGUAGCUGCAGAAAAAAAUCAAAAGACCCUCAUCGCCGGAAUUGAAACUUUCGAUCCGGCCAAACUCAAACACACGGAAACCCAUGAGAAAAAUCCUCUUCCUGACAAGGACGCUAUCGAACAGGAGAAGGGCAAACAGGAGUUCAUUUCCGGUAUCGAGAAUUUUGAUCCGGCAAAGUUGAAACACGCUCAAACCCUGGAGAAAAAUCCUUUGCCAACCAAAGAAGCGAUUGACGCCGAGAAGGUAGCCGCUUAAAGAUAACCAGGUAGAGAAAAAACAAACAAUAUUGAAGAGAAACAAGAAAAAAGGAUGGUGAGGGAGAGAAAAACACUGAAACAUCUCAUCGAUCGAUCGAGCGGUCUUCAAAUUCUUCCAGUCUUUUCCGCAUUAUAUAAAAAUUUAUUUAUAAACGUGCGAAAGCUUUUUCCUGGCAAAUAAUAUUGAUAUUCGCGCAUAACCGAAGGCCUUAAAAGCCGAGCGAUCAUUUUCGUAGUCUCGUUUUAUCGGGAAUGAAAAAAGCUUGCGAGAAAAGCCUGCCGAAAAAUGUAUCUCCGCUUCGGAAAUUUGGCACUUUCCGUAUCUCGUAAAGCAGAGAAAACGAGAGUGAACUCAUCGGGAAAUAAAAGCAUGCGAUCGCUGAAGCAGGCCCAAACUGACAAAACGCAAGAAUAAAAAAGUUUCACGAUUAUUUGGAUAGUCAAUGCGAGAGAGAUUAUUAAACGGGAAAAUGGAUUCAAUUUUUGCUAUAUUUGCUUAAAAUCGUGUCUAUACGCAACUCGACUAUUAUGUAGGACUUAAAAAUAAGGAAUUAAAAAAAAAAAAUGUAAAAAAAUCACGAAGCGCGUCGAGGUGAAUAUCGAGAAACAAAAAAAAAUACGAAUUUACGCGCGUUAAUUAAGGCUGGUGACGGCAAGUGCGGCCAGUAAUGAUAUAUUCCUACAAAAACGCAAGCGCAGCAGAGCAGCAGCAACAAAAACAAAGAUAUAAAUUGGUGCAAUUUUUUUUAACCUCGUAUUUUCACACACUCGAUUUUAUACGUGUAAUUCCUUUAUUUCGGUUGUUUUCUUCUCAAAACGCGGUUAUGCCGCUCGCUCAAACUCCGCGCGCCCCCUUAAUAUCGGUGCGAAAUAAUGACUCUCCAUUCCUCUGGAGAGGAAAGGGAAAAAAAAUAUGUUAUUCGAUAUACUCCGCUGGAAAAUCGAUCUCGCGAAUAAUUUGCCUAUUUUUUUCCCUCGAAACGUAACCCCGAGCACGGUAAAAUGCGCGCGCAUUAUCACUUGAGAAUUUUUGAAGAAACAAACGAAACGAAAGAAAACACAUUGUCAUGAGAAUGAAGAAAAACAAAAACAAACAAAAAAAAAAGAGAAAAAAGGAAAUAAUAAGUCACGAACAACGGUUGAUAUACUUUUGUAAGAAUAUGAUAUUUUAUAUAACGGGCUAUUGUACUUUUUUAAUAUUCGUACCACGUAUUUGUAUUGUCAUAUACCGAUGAAGUAAUUACCGCGAAUACAGAAAUUGUGAAAAUCAACAUAACCUAGAAGUGGUGAAAUUGUCUUUUUCUACCUUAUCUCAAAUCCAGAUACUCGACCUGUCAUCCUGAAAUAAAAAAAUCACAUUUA